UCCAACCUGCCCGCCCCAGCCAGAAACAAGUUCUUCUCGAAGGUGCUCAACAAAGGUGAUGUGUUUGUCUUCCCCGUGGGGCUCAUCCACUUCCAAUUCAACCCCAACCCCCAUCAGCCCGCCGUUGCAAUUGCCGCGCUCAGCAGCCAGAACCCAGGGGCUAUCACAAUUGCCAAUGCAGUGUUUGGGUCAGACCCACCAAUAUCCGAUGAUGUUCUUGCCAAGGCGUUUCAGGUGGAAAAGAAUACAAUAGACUGGCUCCAGGCUCAGUUCUGGGAGAACAACCACAACUAAGUGAAAGGUUGGCUGAUUACACAGAAGACCAGUGCGCAAAUUAAGGACAUGUUUGAGUUUCUAGAUAUGUAUCCUAAUCUAUAAAAUAAAUGGAGCAUAUGCCAUUCCAUUCCGUGUCUGUAAUGAG